GUAGAAAGGACUUGUUUAGCCAGAUUGUACUUGCAUUACUUAUAUAACCAUGCACACGCUCAAAGCCACCGCUUCGUCGUCACUCUCACUCGCGGAGGGCCACUAUAUCUAUUCCAUUGCCGCAUCAGCUCCGGGGUCGUUCGCCGUAAUCUCGUCGGACGACUCGCUGCGGAUUUUCAAUGCGGACGGACUCAGCCAUUCGUCCAUAGUCACUUCAAGUGCCCACGAGGGGGUCACCUCGCUAAGAACUUACGAUGCCGGUCAGCAGCUUCUGGGUACCGCAGGCAGAGAUGGAAAGGUAAAAAUCUGGGAUUUGCGGGGCGGAAAGAAGCCCGUCGUAGAGAUGCAAACAUCAAAUCAGGCUCCCGUGCUAUCCAUAGCAUGUUCCCCUGGAACUAAUGAAAUUGCUGCUGGAACCGAGCUUGUUUCCUACCAAGCCGUGGUUGCAUUCUGGGACAUCAGAUCAGCGGGUCAACCACGAUUACAAUACGUGGAGAGUCACAACGACGAUGUGACCGAACUUCAAUAUCACCCAACCCGCAGCCACAUCGCGCUCUCCGGCAGUACGGACGGGCUGGUGAACAUCUACGACACCAAUAUCACCGACGAAGAUGAUGCGCUGGUUCAAGUCAUCAACCACGGUUCCGUGCAUCAUGCCGGCUUUUUGGACGAGAAGACCGUCUAUGCCCUCAGUCAUGACGAGGACUUUGCGAUCCACCCGACAACAGACCCGGAUGACCAGACCCAAGGAGCUGAACCUAUUCAGUUUAAUGAUCUCAGACAACCACUCAACUGUGAAUACGUUGUGCAACUGUGCCAAAACAGCCAGGGCCAGUACAUUGCCGCGGGCAACAAGCUUGAGCAACGAUUGGAUCUGGUCCCACUUGUGUCCUCUCCAUCGUGGCAGUUUGAUCAGAACAACUCGUGGCGUCUGCCGGGCGCUCAUGGAGAAGAGGUUAUUCGGUCGGUCUACGUGGAUGAGCAGUCUCAAUGCGUGCUCACUUGCGGCGAGGACGGAUGUGUUCGGGUCUGGAAGCCCGAGGGUGACGAGUCGGCGCCGCAGGCAGACAGUUCGGCCAAAGGGUCGCGCCAGAAGGAGAAACGAUCCAAGAACAAAGAUAGAUUCAAGCCUUACUAGAUAUACGAACGAAAUGCGCACAAUACGAUACUCCAAUCGCGUCAACUUGAUGGCAUAGCCGCUUCAUUAACAUUUCACCAGGGACUUCCAGGUAUUAAAACAAGUCAUAUUCUC